AUGGAAGUUCAACUAGUGAAGCAGGUUAUGCUCAACCUUCUGAAAAACAUGCACAAAUUUGGGGUCAAAUGGGUAGGAAUCAGUAAGACUCAAAUAUUCAAAGUCAGUACUGAAGGAGAUGAACCUGAUGGUAUAUCAUCAUCUGGUACCGAAGAUGACGCAGAUGUUCCUACUAAAUUUUCUGGUACAUGUAUUAGUACAGGAAACCAACAUGCUGCUGAUUCUACAUCUAAUUCAACAUCUGAUUUGCAAAAAGCUAAUGAGAUACCAGAUGAAACUGAAGAUAAGACUCAACUAGAGAAUCUAGCAGAUAAAGACAAGGAGGGCAAUGAUUCACAAGAAUUUUCUAAUUGUUCUCAAGAGAUAGGAGCUACUGGUGGCAAGCUUUCACCUGUUUCAGAGGACAAAAGUGCAGAUGAGGAGGAAAAAGUGAUUGAGGAUUCAAAUACAAACAUUGAUCCUAAAAACCCAAACAGUCCUGAAGAAGGAGAGUGUAGCCCUGGCCCAAAACCUGAAGGUGAUGGUGCUGAAUUGAUUCCCAUGUUAACCCAAAAUCACAUGGAGUUAUUAGAACUAGAAAUGAGGGCCCGUGCCAUCAAGGCCAUGUUAAAAGCUCAAGAAUCUCACACCAGUGAACAAACUUGAAUACAUUGAGGCGUAUUUCUGUCCAAAAUGGGUGAACAUGACAUACGAAUCAUAUGAUACAAUGGCAUUUCAGCAAUGGAUUUCAUUUUGCAGCUAAAAUGGCAUGUUUGUAAGCAAAACAUUCUAUUCAUUUUGCUCUAAAGAGGGUCAGCUCAAAUGUUUAAGGUGUAUUUGUUACAAGAUGGCUCUAAGACAUGCAAUUGAAAGAGCAAUGAUUCCUUUUCUUCCAGUAUGUCCAAUGCUUUUACGCCUUUUCAUUAGAAGUACAUUUUUGGUCUAAAAGGUGGUCUUCUGGAUUACAUGGUACAAAAUAAACACUAAGACUUCAUCCAUUCCACAUGUUUCUUGUUAUUUUGUAAUUUGCACAUAAAAUCAUUCAUCCAUUCAUUUUGUUUCAUCCAUUCAAUAAAAGUUAAUGUUUUUA